AUGGAGGGCGCGGGCGAGCGGGCGCCGCUGCUGGGCGCGCGGCUGGCAGCGGCGUUCGCGGGCCGGCGCGUGGCGUGCGGGGCCGUGCUGCUGACCGAGCUGCUGGAGCGAGCUGCCUUCUACGGCAUAACGUCCAACCUGGUGCUGUUCCUGAACGGGGCGCCGUUCUUCUGGGAGGGCGCGCAGGCCAGCCAGGCGCUGCUGCUUUUCAUGGGCCUCACCUACCUAGGCUCGCCGUUCGGCGGUUGGCUGGCCGACGCGCGGCUCGGCCGGGCGCGCGCUAUCCUGCUCAGCCUGGCGCUGUACCUGCUGGGCAUGCUGGCCUUCCCGCUGCUGGCCGCGCCCGCCCCUCGCGUCGCUCUCUGCGGGGCCCUGCGCCCGGCGCGCGUGCUCAACUGCUCGGCGUCCUCCGCCAACGGCAGUGCGGUCUGCCCGGAGGCAGCCACCCGCCACUGCGCGCCCGCCACCUUCGCAGGGCUAGUGCUUGUGGGGCUCGGCGUGGCCACCGUCAAGGCCAACAUCACACCCUUCGGCGCCGACCAGGUUAAAGAUCGAGGUCCAGAAGCCACUAGGAGAUUUUUUAAUUGGUUUUAUUGGAGCAUUAAUUUGGGAGCAAUCAUUUCAUUAGGAGGCAUUGCCUAUAUUCAGCAGAACGUGAGCUUUGUAACCGGUUACCUGAUCCCCACUGUCUGUGUCGGCAUUGCUUUCGUGGUCUUCCUCUGUGGCCAGAGCUUCUUCAUCACCAAGCCUCCUGAUGGCAGCGCCUUCACUGAUGUAUUCAAAAUAUUGACAUAUUCAUGCUGUUCACAGAAGCGAAGCAGAGAACGCCAGAGUAGUGGUGAAGGCAUUGGAGUCUUUCAGCAAUCUUCUAAACAAAGUCUGUUUGAUUCAUGUAAGAUGUCUCGUGGAGGGCCAUUUACAGAAGAUAAAGUGGAAGAUGUGAAAGCUCUGGUCAAGAUUGUCCCUGUUUUCUUGGCUUUGAUACCUUACUGGACAGUGUAUUUCCAAAUGCAGACAACAUAUGUGUUACAGAGUCUUCAUUUGAAGAUCCCAGAAAUUACAAGUAUUACAACCACUCCUCAUACGUUCCCGGCAGCCUGGCUGACCAUGUUUGAUGCUGUGCUCAUCCUCCUGCUCAUACCUUUGAAGGACAAAGUGGUUGAUCCCAUUUUGAAAAGGAAUGGCUUGCUCCCAUCAUCCUUGAAAAGGAUCGCUGUUGGGAUGUUCUUUGUAAUGUGCUCUGCCUUUGCUGCUGGAAUUCUGGAAAGUAAAAGGCUGGACCUUGUUAAGGAGAAAACCAUUAAUCAGACCAUUGGCAAUGUCCUUUACCAUGCAGCUGAUUUGCCGUUAUGGUGGCAGGUGCCACAGUAUGUGCUGAUUGGGAUCAGUGAAAUAUUUGCAAGUAUAUCAGGUCUAGAAUUUGCAUACUCAGCUGCCCCCAAGUCCAUGCAGAGCGUCAUCAUGGGCUUGUUCUUCUUCUUCUCUGGUGUUGGGUCAUUCGUGGGCUCAGGACUGUUGGCACUGGUGUCGGUCAAAGCCAUCGGGUGGAUGAGCAAUCACACAGAUUUUGGUAAUAUUAAUGGCUGCUAUUUGAACUACUACUUUUUCCUUCUUGCUGCUAUUCAAGGAGCUACCCUCCUGCUUUUCCUUAUUGUUUCUGUGAAAUACGACCGUCAGCGAUCAAGAGCAAACGGAGUGCCCACCAGCGGGAGGGCCUGACAUUUCUGAGGUCCAAGGACAGUUCAUUAGACUGUUGUGUCAGUAACUGUCUGGAGUGCACUGAGAAUAGGCAGAAUUCUAAGUUGCUGUAAAGUGUCUGACUUUCCUAAAACAUGCAUGUUGCCUGGAUUGGUUUCUUCUUUCCUUCUGCCCCAGUGAACUAGGUAAGUGCCUUCCUGUGUUUAUCUCCUGGCACGCUGGGCCCUCCUGGAGGAGAAAUGCAAAUUUUAAGUUUGUUGCUUCUCAUGAUUAAAGGUCUCUCUGUGAACCCUGUAGCUGUGUUUCCUCUUUUACAAGAACACACAAAUGGAGACUACACACAUGUUGGUUGGCAUCCCAGUUUCUUAAACAAGUAUUAUCACUUCAUUCCCACAAGCCACACAAUCUCACUUUUUUUCUUUUUUUAAUUAAUAAACAUCUACUUAUACUGAGGAAUGUGAGGAUUUUUUUUUUUUACAGAUAAAAGUGUGAUCAAAUGAAAAGAUUUUAUAUAAACAUCAUGUUUAUGGUUUUCCUUCAUAAGCCACAAAUCUUGCCACAUUCUUUGGUCCAGGGUGAGAGUGAAUAUACUUCAUCUGCCUCAGAAAAUACAUUUUUUAAACCCUCGGCAUUAAUUUUUUUUUUCUUUUUAAGAAAGAAUAUGCAUCAUGGAUUAUUUAACAUCAUGUGUCCAAUCUUGAGCUACAGAACAACUUAAAGCGUAUUUUAAACCUUAACUAGUCAGUCCUUAUAUAUAAUUUUAUUUAGGGUACCAGUGAGACUAAACACCGAUCAUGGUUUGAUGUAAAGAAAACAUUCUUUUAAACAGAAUGAGUAUAAUUAAAAAUAAUUGAAAGUGUUAAAUGUGAACUUGAGGUGUUUGACUAGUCACCAACUUUUGUAUUGUUUUACAUGUAUCUGGAUUCUAAGUUGAACAAACUAUUGUAUUUGUUGCUGUAUUUUCGAUUAAUUUUAUAAUAAAAAGCAUCUCAAAUUUGAGACUCAUCAACUAGUUCUA